UUUUUUUGAUAGAUCGGUUAGCUGCUACUAAUUGUAUGUUGGGGGUGUUUUUAAUUUAUUAUUUGUAUAUUGUUUGAUCAUAUCUAAUUGGUGAGAUUUCGAAUAUUAAUUUGGUUUUUAUUUGUGGAGAUUUACCUUACAUAGCAACAGUAUGAUUAGAUCUAUGCCUAUUUGUUCUACUACUAAUAAAUAAAUCGAAAAGCUAACUACCUUGGAUUAAUAUCCACUCUGAUUACCUUUUUCGUAAUGUCCAAAAAUUGUAUUGUAUUAUUUAUUUUUUUUAAGAAUAUAACGGAUAUUGUUCAGUUCUUGUUGUAAAUAUGUGUUUGUUAAUCAAUUGUAUUCUUUUCUAUUAGUUAUACCCAUCCAUAUGUAUAAUAAUUCUAAUGUUUUAGAGAUUGUUCCUAUUUCGAGUUACAAUUUUAUUUGUUUUAAAUUUUUAGUUCAGUUAAUCAUGUGGACAAUUUGAUAGAUAGUAAAGCUUAAUUAAAUAUAAGUGCAUGCAUUAAUGGUGCCUAACAUUUAGUUGAACUAAUAAGUCCCUACCUAGAGUAACUUUACUGGUUUUGGUGUCCAUGAAUGGUUACUUUUUGUAACUUUCCUGUUUUGUAUAUUUAGUUUAAUUGCAUAGGCUUGUUAAAAAAAGAGUUGCAUUUUUUUUUUAACCACAAGGGGGUGUGAAUAAAGACCCUUCAUCUCUAAUUGGGUUUCAAGCUAAGUUACUCGGACUCUUUGAAAGUGUUGCCGUACCCGUGUCGUAUCCUCCAAAAAUACACUACUUUUGAAGGAUCCGAUAUGCACCCGAUGACAUUUUAGAAGAGUCUGAGUAAUCACCAAGUUAUCAAAGUUUAAAAGGACCACAUGUAGUUUAAUCAAUCAUAUGGAAUAUAACAAUGCAAUAUCAGCUAAUACUAAGAUUUUGCAUUUUAAUGUAUGAUAGUUAUUGGAUAGUUUCAGAUAUAAACUGAAUGAAAUUUUAUUUUGAUUGUAAGUCAAAAAGGAAAGUACAUGGUGGUACUUAUUAUUUGUUCAUUUGCCUUUACCCUGUUAAGGAAAAAUUUCUUGUAUCAUCGAGAUAUCACCUGUCUGCUGGUGUGUUUGGCUGGGACUAAUCUUUCAUUGGCAGUUUGCAGUCUAUAUUGAUGUCUUAACUGCAUUAUUUGCAGUUAGCAAAAGUGGAGGGUGUUAAGUUUGAAACUUCUUUUAUGUCUGAAAGAGAUUUUCUCUUUCUGUCAUCAAUUGGGCUGCUUGGAGAGUACUGUCCUCAGUCAAGAGACCCUCAUAAAGUUGUCUGCAUGCAUCUUAAGGGUUGCCAUUUUAUACAGCCUGCCCCGUCUAUAGACCAAGAAAUUCUCAUUGAUUUGAGCUCCUUGUACCACUUCUGAUAAAGCUAAAAGAGCAGAUAUUUGUGAUAUUAAGAUGGCUUUGCAAAACAUUGGUGCCGGAAACAAGGAUGAUGCCUUUUACAGGUACAAGAUGCCAAGAAUGAUAACAAAGAUUGAAGGUCGUGGAAAUGGCAUCAAAACUAAUGUGGUAAACAUGGUUGACAUUGCCAAGGCCCUGAGUAGGCCAGCCUCAUACACCACAAAGUAUUUUGGCUGUGAACUCGGAGCUCAGUCUAAAUUUGAUGAGAAAACAGGUACCUCUCAUGUUAAUGGUGCCCAUGACACUGCAAAGCUUGCUGGACUUCUUGAGAACUUCAUAAAAAAAUAUGUUCAAUGCUAUGGUUGCGGGAAUCCUGAAACUGAGAUAUUGAUCACAAAAUCACAGAUGUUAACCCUUAAGUGUGCUGCCUGUGGCUUUAUAUCGGACGUUGACAUGAGGGACAAACUCACCACAUUUAUUCUCAAGAACCCUCCUGAGCAGAAGAAGGGAUCUUCUAAAUAUAAAAAGGCAAUGAGGAGGGCUGAAAAAGAACGGCUCAAAGAAGGGGAAGCAGCAGAUGAGGAGGCAAAGAAGCUCAAGAAAGAGGCUGCAAAGAAAAAAGGUUCCUCAAAGGACGGUUCUUCAAAAACAACAAAGAAAAAAGCCAAUGUAUCAGAUGAGGAGCACUCUCCCACGGGCAGCCAAGCAGAUCAAACUGAAGCACCACAUGCUGACAGUGAUGAAGAUGUUCAAUGGCAGACGGACACCUCCGUGGAAGCAGCCCAGCAGCGAAUUCAGGAGCAGCUUAAUGCUGUUACUGCCAGCAUGGUUAUGCUUUCGGCAACUGAAGAGCAGAAGUCUGGAAAAAACUCACCAGCACGUGAGGGGAAACCCAAGGUCAACGGGCAAGGCACUGGUCUUAAGGGCAAUAAUUCCAAAGAGACGCUUGUUGCACACACCAAUGGUGUUAAGCGUAGUAAUUCGAAAGAGACUCUUGUUGCACAGACGAAUGGUGUUAAGCGUAGUAAUUCCAAUGAGAAGCUUGUUGACUCUAAAGAGAGGCUUGCGGAUGAAAUAAAGGAGCACCUGAAUAAGGGUGCAUCUGUUGCUAAGCUAAAGUCCUUCUUGGGCUCUAUUUCCGGAACUCACCAAGACAUAGUCGAUGCAUUGUUUGAAGCUCUUUUUGGUGGAGUUGGAAAAGGUUUAUCCAAGGAGGUGAUCAAGAAGAAAAAUUAUCUUGCAGCUGCCGUACAGGAAGACGGUUCACAGAUAGCUCUACUACAUGCUAUUGAGUCAUUUUGUGGAAAAUCAAACUCGGAGGCUAUAAAGGAGGUUGCAUUGGUUCUGAAAGCGCUUUAUGGCAUUGAUAUGCUGGAAGAAGAGUUUAUUGUGGAGUGGUAUGAGAAGGGAUCGAAAGGUAGCAACAAAAUCUCCCCAAUCUGGAAGAACAUUAAGCCAUUUGUGGAGUGGCUGCAGAGUGCCGAGUCUGAAACUGAGGAUGAGUAACUUAAUGAAUGUGUGGUUCUUUGUCCCUCCUAUCUACUUAUGAUAUAUUUUACAGUACAGCUGUGUCCAUUUAGGUCCAACUAAUAAUGUUGUUUUCGUUAGUCAAGUCAUUCAGGUCUUUGAAACUAGAUGUCCAAUGACCCUGCUGGUGUCUUUGGUGCUGCAGAAUAAAGCAGUAAGUUGUGGGUCUCGUCAUACCCUUCUGUUUUGAGUCCUGGUUAUUGUUCUGUGUGCUGUGCAUUUUGUCAAAGCACUUAUGGUUUGCUUUCGCGUCCUAUGUGUAUGUAUUGUCUCUAAAGUUGUGGCUCUUCAAUCAAUGUUUGUUUAUUCAUGGUU